AAACGCGCCAGGACAUAAUUGUCCAAUAACGUGGUAAAUUUGGUGCGCUUAGAAAUUACAGAGAUGCCCGGAGAUGCACCGAAGUCUAUCCAGUCCGGUAGAAAAACAGCCGUUUGAUUAAAACAAUCCAAACCCAUCACAGCUCCGGUCAGUUAAUCGAUCUCCCUUCGCACAAAAGGGAGUAUUCCAAACCCCUGUUCCAAAAGAUCUCUUUUUCCUUCUUCUCCAGCGAUCUCUCUACGUUAAGCAGGGAAAACUCAUUCCAGGGCUUGUUCUCAUUUGAUUUUGACUGUUACCUGAUUUUGAGAGUUCUGGUUAGCUGAUAGAAAAAUGGAUUUAGUCGCCAAGUAUCAGGGUGUUGUUGGACGUGUUUUUGGCAAUGAUAGUUCAAGUUCAAAUGAAGAUAGCUAUGUGGAACGCUUGCUUGAUCGCAUAAGCAAUGGCACCCUGGCUGACGAAAGGAGAACUGCUAUUAUUGAACUACAAUCUGUUGUUUCCGAAAGUCAUGGCGGACAACUAGCAUUUGGAGCAAUGGGUUUUCCUGUAAUCUUGAGUGUUUUAAAGGAGGAGCGGGAUGACGUUGAGAUGGUUCGUGGUGCUCUGGAAACUCUUGUGACUGCUUUAACUCCAAUUAGUCAUGGAAAAGUGCUAAUGAAUGAGGUUCAACCAGCUUUAAUGAAUAGCGACUUGCUGUCUGGAGAUGUACAAAAUAUCUCUCUUCUUCUAAGUUUGCUGUCAGAGGAAGAUUUCUAUGUACGCUACUAUACGCUGCAAAUUCUAACAGCACUUCUAACGAAUUCUCCGAAUAGGUUACAAGAAGCUAUUCUGAGUAUUCCUCGUGGUAUUACACGACUUAUGGACAUGCUUAUGGAUCGUGAGGUCAUAAGAAAUGAGGCCCUGUUACUUCUUACCUACCUCACUCGCGAAGCUGAGGAAAUUCAAAAAAUUGUGGUGUUUGAAGGGGCUUUCGAAAAGAUUUUUAGCAUUAUGAAGGAGGAGGGAGGCUCAGAAGGAGGGGUUGUUGUUCAGGACUGUCUUGAAUUGUUGAACAAUAUCAUUCGCAACAAUGCAUCAAAUCAGGUGUUACUCAGGGAGACGGUGGGCUUUGAUUCCGUUAUACAAAUUCUUAAGCUCAGAGGUAGUGCCUACAAAUUCACCCAACAGAAGACGAUAAACCUUCUCAGCGUGCUUGAAACAAUUAAUAUGCUAAUAUUGGGAAGUCCAGAUACUGAUCCGGGAAAAGACACAAAUAAGUUAACAAACAAAACAGUUUUGGUUCAGAAGAAGGUUGUGGACCAUCUUUUGAUGUUGGGAGUUGAAAGCCAAUGGGCUCCUGUUGCUGUUCGUUGUGCGGCACUCCAAUGCAUUGGUGAUUUAAUUGUUGGUCACCCAAAGAAUCUUGAAGCACUUGCAACAAAAGUACUUGGUGACGAGCCUCAUAUGGAGCCAGCUUUGAAUUCUCUACUUCGUAUCCUUUUGCGCACAUCCAGUAGACAAGAGUUUGUAGCUGCAGAUUAUGUUUUUAAGAGCUUUUGUGAGGAAAAUCUUGAUGGUCAGAAAAUGUUGGCAUCUACAUUAAUUCCACAGCCAGUUUCAACCCUCUAUGCUCCUGUUGAGGAGGAUGUUAACAUGUCAUUCGGAAGCAUGCUAUUACAUGGUCUUACAAUGGGCGAAAGUGAUGGUAAUCUUGAGACCUGUUGCAGAGCAGCCAGUGUUCUUUCGCACAUUCUCAAUGGGAACAUCCAGUGCAAAGAAAAGCUUCUACGGAUCGAACUUGAAGCGCCUAUGCCCUCAUUAGGAGGUCCAGAGCCUAUAAUGCACCGUUUGGUGAAGUACCUCGCUCUCGCUUCUUCAAUUAGAAGCAAAGAAGGAAAAUCAAACACAUCUGGAAAUAUUUUUGUUCAAGCUGUGAUCUUGAAACUUCUAGUGAUCUGGCUCUCCGAAUGUCCAAGUGCUUUGGAGUCUUUUCUUGAUUCACGCCCCCAUCUAACAUAUUUUCUUGAACUGAUAUCAGAUUCCACUGCCACUGCUUCUGUAAGAGGAUUGGCUGCAGUACUAUUAGGAGAAUGUGUUAUUUGCAAUAAUGGGACCGGAAAAGAUGCUUUAAGCAUAGUUGACACAAUAAGCCAAAAAGUUGGACUGACAUCAUACUUCCAAAAGUUUGAUGAAAUGCAAAAAAGUAUUCUUUUUACAUCUGCAAAGCCAUCUUUGGCUCGUAAACCACUGACGAGAUCUAACGCUGCAAGUAUGGCUGAAAUUGAAGACAUGGAUGAUGAGUCGGCUAUUCAGAAGAAGGAUGAUGAUCAUCCUCUGCUUGCAUCCAUCUUUGAUUCUCAGUUUGUUGGCUUUGUGAAUCGUUUGGUCGCAGAAAUUAGGGAAAAGACAGUGCAAGUUUACAGUCAUCCGAAGAGCCAGGUGGCAGUUGUGCCAGCCGAGCUGGAGCAAACUAGCGGGGAAAGUGAUGGAGAAUACAUCAAGAGGUUGAAAAGCUUUGUACAGAAACAGUGCCUCGAGAUGCAGGAGCUCUUGGGUAGAAACGCAGCAUUGGCAGAGGAUCUUGCCAAAACAGCCGGCGAUUCUUCAUUUCAGCUGGUGGAGCAUAGAGUCAGCGGAGGAUCAGAAAGAGUCCAAAUCGAGACACUUCGCCAAGAUCAUCAAGAACUCACCCAACGGUUGGAAAUGGUAAAGGCAGAGAAGGCUAAGGUUGAAUCAGAGGUGGAGAUGUAUAAGAAUAUUGCGAGUAGAAUGGAAUCAGAUCUGCAAAGCUUGUCAAAUGCAUACAACAGUCUAGAAGAGGCAAAUGCACAGCUAGAGAAUGAAGUGAAGUGUUUAAAGAGCGGUGGGGACAUGGAGGCAAUAAAGGCUGAAGCAAGGGAAGAAGCUCAGAAGGAGAGUGAAGCUGAGCUGAACGACCUUCUGGUUUGCCUGGGACAAGAGCAAAGCAAAGUGGAGAGGCUCAGCGUGAGGUUGGUUGAGCUCGGCGAGGAUGUUGAUAAAUUGCUAGACGGCAUUGGUGAUGAUGCCGCUGGGCUACUUGCCGGUGACGAAGAAGAUGAAGAAGAACAAGACUGAUUUGUGGGUUUGACUAUGUUUUCCUCUUGCAGAAGAAGAUGAAGAAGAACAAGACUGAUUUGUGGGUUUGACUAUGUUUUCCUCUUGCACGUUUGGAUUUAUUUAUUCCUUGUAUUUAUUGGACCCUCUUGUACAUUAUUUCGUCAACGUUGAACAUGAUAGCUCUUAUAGUAAUUUAAUUGACUGAGUAAUGUGCGCUUACUUUGACACUAGUAAUGCAAAUCUGCUUUACAAGUUCCAAAGUCACAGGGUCCCAACUUUUAAGGUAUUGG